AUGCCAACGUGGUCGUCUCGCAUUCUCCCACGCCCGCCCUCGCCGAGCUCCCAUAAUCCAAGUCAUACACGCCCUUCGAAUCGUACAGUUGAUCUGGAUAGAGGCGCGGCGCUUGCCAUCAAUUACAAUGUGCCCAUCCUGCCAAGUUCGGCACCAAGUCGGCCGCAUCGACGUUCGCUCAGCCAACCGUUUCCCUCGCUCAUGCCUACGAGCCCCAGAAGGGGAGGGAGGAAGGUGACAAAGGAGGACUUUCUGGACUCGGAUUCGGAUGGCAACGACGACGCUUACGAUCCAAUACGAUAUGUUCCCGAACCUCGAUCGCAUAGUCCGAGAAAGGGAUGGACUCCGGCAGAGGAGGUGGUGAAUGGCAAGUGCAUGACGUGCCAUUCGACUAUGCGGUGGCCCAAGAAUACAAAAAUCUUUAGGUGUUCUAUCUGUUUGAUGGUGAAUGACUUGGAACCUUAUCUGAAUGGUGAUGAUCAUGUGGGUGACGAAAGUCAACCGCCGACGCCUCCUCCAAAAGAUGGUUCUUUUGAACCUAGGCUCCCAGCUACCCCACUGUCUAUCGAAAAAACCAAGGAAUUGAUUGAUGGCUGCUUGCGGGACUUUCUCCAGCGUCGUUUAGCUGGGCAUCAAAGACAAGAGCCCGAGCCGCAAUAUGUCCAUGAUGUGCAUUUACAACAAAACCACCUUGGAAAUCCCAAAGAGCAGCAUACUUCGUCACGUCAUGUUCAGAAGCAAUACAACACAGAUCUUCUCUCACCCUCUAGUGGAAGUGGUAGAAAUGACCAGAUAACGAGGCUACGGUCUAGCUCCGAUACGCCGCUCAUACGAAGAAAUGACCCCUCUCCGCGAGAUCAAGAUCGCUCUCCUCGUCGCACAAACACAAACACAGAUACUACAGAACCGAAGCAUGGAUCGGGGACUCGAUCAUGGAUGUUCCGGCCCUUGGAAGACUACAUUAUCAAGUCAUUUGCUGGCUGUGAUUGCCUCAAUAACUCGUUUCUAACACCCGGCCCACCUCGUCGAACCGUGAGCGAGAGCAUCUACCCACGGCCUCGCCCAGAGAUAUCAGCUCCUAUAGUCUCGCCAGAUGGCCAAGUGUUUGAACUCGAUCCGAAAAUGUUACUGCUUGGUGAUAUCGCUGAAAACUCAUCAUGGUGGAUGGGUGGCCGGCCACAGCGUCAUGAAGCCAAAGACGCUGGCGCAGUGCCUGCAAAAUCCUUGCCUCGGUCAUCGAGGUCGCGUGUAAACUCAAAGUCUCCACGGAUUGAUUGGGAAGCCGUGGCAGAAUGGUACAAGGUAGUCGUCAAUGUAGGGGAUUCCUGGAGAGAUAUUUGGUCUGCUCUGGUCGAAAAUAAUGAGAUGAACCCUGAUAUUCCAGUCGAUAUGAGAGGAUUGGAUAGAGAGAUUGCAGAAGCACGUGUCCACGCUCAGCGAACGUUACUAAAGGCGACUGAGAAUCUUUUGAAGCGACCUCGUCGUCCGCUUCGCCGCCUUGAAUCAGCAAGAUUUCUGUUGAUUGUACUGGCCAAUCCUCAGCUGACGUCAAGCAAGGAACCAGCAACACAAAGCCUCACGCCGGCCAGCAAUUCUGAUCCUAACGGCUCAAUACCAAAUUUCAGCAGGUUGCCUGGAACGGGCGAUCGAAGAGGGGUAUCUAGCUCACAUAAAUCCCGGCCCAGGAACCUUGUUGACCAUUCAGGCAUUGUCAAGAGGACGCUGGGUCUCCUCGCCAAUUUACCAGAUAGCUGCCAUCACUACUUGGUUAGCUGGUUUGCUCGGUAUUCCGAGAGUCAAUACGAACGACUUGUCACUCUUGUUGGUCGAUUUCUCACCCAUCGAUUAACUCGACAACACGGCCGUCAGCGCAGUGGACCUAUGCCAUCUGUGAACGGGCUGGUUCCCAGCCUCUCAGGAAAUAUCGAAAACUCUCACGUUCAACUUCAUGCAGCGCUCAGUGGUUUGUCUUCAGACCAGACUGGUGAGGCAAACAACAAACGGAAAAUCUACACGGAUGACUGGCAGGUGCGAGCCGCGGCCAGAGUGAUGGCCUUGUUGUUUGCUGCGAACAAUGUACAUGUCACUCGAAGGCGUCAUGAUACUGCACGCAAUAAUGAGGGUACCCCUUUUGUCCGACAUAAAGACAAAUCAACACUACCACUUCACUAUUUUUACAAUAGUCUGCUGGACUAUUCGGACUUGGUAUCUGAUUUUGAGGCAUGGGAGGCGCGCACUACGACAUUUUCAUUCUGUCAAUAUCCAUUCUUAUUGAGCAUCUCAGCGAAAAGCCGAAUCUUGGAGCAUGACGCUCGUCGCCAAAUGUCAAUCAAGGCCCGAGAAGCAUUUUUGGAUAGCAUUCUUCGGCAAAAAGAUGUCAGUCAGUACCUCAAUCUCAAAGUUCGGCGAGACUGCUUGGUCGAGGACAGUCUACGGGGUGUCAGCGAGGUAGUAGGUGGCGGGCAGGAAGAGAUUAAAAAGAGCUUGCGUAUUGAAUUUGUUGGGGAAGAAGGGGUUGAUGCCGGAGGCCUUCGUAAGGAAUGGUUUCUCCUCCUCGUCAGAGAGGUUUUUGACCCUAAUCAUGGCUUGUUUGUCUACGACGAGGAUUCGCAGUUUUGCUACUUUAACCCAUUUUGCUUUGAAUCUUCGGAGCAAUUCUUUUUGGUUGGCGUCCUUCUUGGACUUGCAAUGUACAAUUCGACUAUUCUCGAUGUAGCAUUACCGCCGUUUGCUUUCAAGAAGCUCCUUGCAGCGGCGCCCCCGACCAACAUGGCGGCAAGCAGUGCACCAAAACAUCCACACACCUGCACGUUAGAAGACCUUGCAGAGUACAGACCGACAUUGGCGAAGGGGUUGCAAGCACUGUUGGAUUAUGAUGGAGACGUGCAAGAGACGUUCUGCUACGACUUUGUGGCACGUGUGGAUCGCUAUGGCCAACAUGUCGAAACACCUCUCUACCCCGGGGGCGAAAAAAGACCUGUAACAAACUCAAACCGCCAGCAAUUCGUCAACCUGUAUGUGCACUACCUACUCGACACAGCCGUCCAGAGACAGUUUGAGCCUUUCAAACGAGGAUUCUUCACAGUCUGCGGCGGCAACGCGCUGUCCCUAUUCCGACCCGAAGAAAUCGAGUUGAUGGUUCGCGGCUCCGACGAACCUCUGGACGUACCCACGCUACGUGCAGUAGCCACGUAUGAAAACUGGCCACUCAAGGAGGACCCCGAAUCUGAGCCUGUGGUCUCCUGGUUCUGGGAUUUCUUCACCCAGGCCAACCCGUCUGACCAGCGCAAGCUUUUGUCGUUUGUGACUGGCAGCGACCGCAUCCCGGCCACGGGCGCGGCCAGUCUGAGUAUCAGAUUGGCCUGUCUCGGGGAUGAUUCUGCCCGCUAUCCGAUUGCGCAUACCUGCUUUAAUAAAAUGGGCUUGUUUCGAUAUUCGUCGAAACGCAAGUUUGAAGCCAAGCUCUGGGGCGCUAUUUUUAAUAGUGAGGGAUUUGGUUUGAAAUGA